AUGACUGUGGUUAAAUCCGAUGCAACUAUCACACCAAUAGAAAUAACAAUGAGACCUUUGAUAGAGAAUACAACGAGAACACAAAUAACUGUUGAUACAACAAACGCAGUUAGCAUUGAAGGACAAACCGAUUCUAGUUCUAACGAACAAACAGUUAAGCCUUUAGUACGGUCAACAGAACUUCUACCAAAAUUGCAAGAUACAAAAAAUAAUAUAAACAGUGAGGUAACAGCAAGUAACCAAUUAACAGAAUCAUCGUCCACUGUACCAUCAGUUACCGUUGACACAUCUUCAACCACGCUGUCUGAUCAAUCACGACAACCGUUUGUAACCGGAAACAUAGUCACAAGUACUAGCACACCAAAAAGCUCCACAAGUAGUUUAUCACUUGUAGAUUUACUAAAUGCUAUUUCUAAACUAGAAAACAUUACUUCAGAUGAGUUAAUUGAUGCAAUAUCACCCGCCUCUAACUCCAACAAUUCGAACAUUUUUGACAGCAGUGCAAAUGCGUCAGCAACUGUUCAUGAAGAUAAGACAAAAAAUACAACACCGUCGCAAAAAAUUAAUAACAACUCUGAAUCAACAGGAACCACUGAAUCAUUGCAAAGUAGUAAACAGCAAACAACAGAAGCAAACAUGAUGACGGACUCUACAACUGAUUUAAUUGUAAAUCCGGAUAUGUUAUUUAAUAUUGUAACAUCUAGAACGACCCGUAUUUCGCAACCACAAGGAGGUCGCUUCGGGGGAGGGAUGAGCAUUGCUAAAAUAACCCCUGUUGACAAUAUUGUAAAUAUUGAUUUAAAUAUCCCCGGUGGUGAAGCUAACGUUGAAAAGGAGAGAAAUAAAAUUGACGGGGGAUCAUAA